UAAAAUUUAAUUUAUCACAACUUAAAGCUGUGAUCAGCAUAUCAUUGCUUAAAUUGUGUUUGCCAAUACUGGUUUAUUAAUUUACGUUGGUCGAAACGCGCACGUUGUGAGUGAAUGUGAAUGUGGAUUAUAUAAAAAUAAAUAGCAACUGUGAAAGAAAUGUAUCCGCUACUGCGCCGAUUUUUAAGUGGCUCCAUCAGCAGCGUUAACCAGGCGAACUUGCUGCGUGGCUACGCCUCCUUUACAGUGCAGGAUGUGAUGCGGGAAGUGUCGGAUGAGACCGGCACUUUGCUUAUUAGAUUUGCCAAGCACAUUGCAGUGGAGCGCUAUAAGUGCGAGGAACAUGUGCUGCCGCCCUCUAAGGUGCGCUAUUCCGACUACUUUCCCAUCACGGAUGAGCGUUACUUUCGGCGAACGUUGCAAAGCACGCAGGCCAAUCAGCUGCCAUCUCUGAUUAUACAUGCCUCAAGUUAUCGCUCCAAUGCUCCAGCGCCAAUGUAUGUGGCGGCUCUGAACGCUUUGGAUGCACAUGCUCUUGCACAACUGAAGCAGAUGGAUACCAGCACAGUGUUGGAAUCAUUGUAUGCUUUUCUAUUUCUCAUGCCCAAUUGGCUGAGACGGAUGGAUUUCUAUCAUGCAGCCAUGCGACGCCUAUCGAAGGAGACUAGCUGCAGCAAAGAACGUUUUCUACAAAUAUGCUUCUAUCUGGGUCUGCAAAAGCAAUUGGAGAAGAACGAUUUGGAGGCGUUGCUGGCGUCACGGUUGAAUGCCUAUUUGCCCAGCUUUAAUUCAUUGGACCUGGCACUAGUAUCUAAUGCUUCUUAUAAGACAUCAACACUGGUGUCGGGUCAAUCGCGAGAUGCUUAUGAGGCUGCUCUUGUGGAUGCCAUUUUAAAUGUAAAGCUGGUGCCAAACAGUUCUGCGGAUGCCUUACUUAUUUGCUUCAUCAAAGCUAUGCGUCUCCAGCGAGUUCAGGAUGAACGCGUCGUCCAGUACCUGCAGAACAUUUGCCUGAAUACCGCGGAACUCUCACAAUUACAGCCACGUGGUUUGGCUCAUAUCUUUGCUUACUUCUCGGAGAUGAGAUGGGAUCACUCAGAAGUCGUUCAAGCGAUUGUUGAACAGUUGUUGCAGUAUAAGCCAUUCGAACUGCGGACUAAGGACUUGGCCACAUUUAUCUGGUGCUGCGCUCAACUUGAUUGUGCCUUAAGUACGACACAACUAAAGCAGUUGGAGAUCGUUGCUCUGCGGAAACUGGACCACGGCGAAUACGAUCGAUUCCCCGAUCAACUAGUAGAUACCUGCCUCUCACUUUGCAUUCUGGGUCAUUAUUCCAAGCAGCUUUUCGAUGCAGCCGAGAGGCUGAAAGCCAAUCAACGUCAGCGUCUUCGUGUCCAGCCUAAGGUUGACAGUCGUCUGACUGUAUUACGGUCCGCUGUGGCCAUUGAGCAUCCAGAAUGGUUGGAUGUAACAAAAGAACAAGUUUUCAAAAAAUUUGCUCGUGCUCCUGGCUAUUUGCUUAAGCAGCGUGAGGAUCUGACAGAAUACGCGAAUCUGCUAGCUAAGGACGCCGAGGUGGAAGGUGUUGACAUAGUCUGCCCCAUUGCAGGCAUUAAUUUGCCUAGUCUUAGAGUGCAAGCGCAGGGAGACGAGGCAACCGUUUAUUUCGUUGAGCUUUUAAGUGAAUAUCAGACACUGAAAUUUAGUGGGACAGCGAAUUCACUGAUUCGAUUAAAACGACGACUCUUAGAAGCAUUGGGUCACCAAGUGGUGCUGCUGCAGUCUGGUGAGAUGGCAUCCAAUGCACAGGCGCUGCAUCAACUUCUAGAGCAAGCAACUACUUCUAAAACUGAGGAUAGACCACAAUUGCAAGGGUUAAAAAAUUAAAACGAGUGAUAUAUAUCUAUACAAUCUACG